GGCCGUCGAUUCUUCGUUACCAAGAAGGGGUACUUCGGUAUCGGACCUGCUGAACUCGAGGAGGGAGACGAAAUUUACAUCCUUGCGGGAGGGAAAGUCCCUCUCGUUCUACGACCAUUGCCCGAAUCACAGCCCAACACUUUCGAACUGGUCGGCGAUUGCUAUGUCCACGGGGUCAUGGAUGGAGAAGCAGUAACCGAGCCAACGCAGCGC